UUACAAGAGCUGACGCGUCCCUUCACCAUUUAUAUAUAAGGCCCCUCCCUCCUCUUCUUCUGACUACCACCCUCUUCCACAUCCCACUCGCAACUCGCGUCCCGCUUACUCCUCCCGUCUACUCGCAUCUCGCAUCCUCACACGACAUUUAUAAUGGCCGUUAAGAAGCGCUGCCAAAUCCAGUCUGAGCCUCGCUGCAACUCAGCAGCACUCCGUCUCGUUGGCCAAUGUCCACAUUGUAGAGCAGAGUUCUGUGGUGCACACCGUAUGCCAGAACAUCACAACUGCCAGAAUCUGGAGAGCUGUAGACAACAAGCUUUCGAGAAGAACAAGGCCAAACUAGAGAGCGAACGGACGGUGUCACCCAAGAUGGCAGUGGCAUGAUAUGCCAACUUCCCAUCUUUCUUCGGCCUUCCGUCCCUUGUUCCCCAUUUCCCUUUGUUCUAUCUCAGCAUACCGGAGGUACCCAUCUCAGCAUCCAUGCCCACCGUUCCGCUCGCAUUCAUGGGCCGGUCCUUUGUCUCAACCCUCCACCUCAUGACCCCCUCACGGACGUAUCUCACGAUGUGCAUCUAUCCACCAUCCAGUCCUGCUCUAUUCUGGUUCCCCAUUACCCACUACCUCUACUGUUUUACCUAGUUAAUCUUAUUCGCCCUCCUUGCCAUACCCACUGAUGAUUUCUCUUGUUCUCUACACGUAUGGUAUCCUGUAUUAGAUGGGUUUUUGCUGUCACAUUUCUCCCUUGCGUCGGAUAGUCUGCGUAAGUU